AGGCUACAGACAAGAGAAAAGCUCUAGAAGAGACCAAAGCAUAUACUACCCAAUCUCUAGCUAGUGUUGCUUAUCAAAUAAAUGCAUUGGCCAACAAUGUGCUCCAGUUGCUGGAUAUCCAAGCAUCUCAGCUUCGGAGGAUGGAGUCUUCCAUCAAUCAUAUCUCACAGACUGUGGAUAUUCAUAAAGAAAAAGUGGCUCGAAGAGAGAUUGGUAUUUUGACAACAAAUAAGAAUACAUCAAGAACUCACAAAAUAAUAGCACCUGCAAAUAUGGAGCGCCCUGUCAGGUAUAUUCGGAAACCUAUCGACUACACAGUUCUGGAUGAUGUGGGCCAUGGAGUUAAGUGGCUAAAAGCCAAGCACGGAAAUAACCAGCCUGCAAGAACUGGCACAUUGUCGAGAACAAAUCCUCCCACGCAGAAACCACCAAGCCCUCCUGUGUCAGGCCGAGGGACUUUGGGACGGAAUACCCCUUACAAAACGCUAGAGCCUGUUAAGCCUCCAACAGUUCCUAAUGACUACAUGACUAGUCCUGCAAGGCUUGGAAGUCAGCAUAGUCCAGGCAGGACGGCUUCUUUAAAUCAGAGACCAAGGACACAUAGUGGAAGUAGUGGAGGAAGUGGAAGCCGAGAAAACAGUGGGAGCAGUAGUAUUGGCAUUCCCAUUGCUGUGCCUACGCCUUCACCUCCCACUGCCGGCCCAGCAGCCCCUGGCUCAGCUCCUGGUUCCCAGUAUGGCACAAUGACCAGGCAGAUUUCUCGACACAACUCUACCACUUCUUCGACAUCUUCUGGUGGAUAUAGACGAACUCCCUCUGUGACUGCCCAAUUCUCUGCUCAGCCUCAUGUUAAUGGAGGUCCACUUUAUUCUCAAAAUUCAAUUUCUAUUGCCCCCCCUCCUCCCCCCAUGCCUCAGUUGACUCCACAGAUACCUCUCACAGGCUUCGUGGCCAGGGUGCAGGAAAACAUUGCUGAUAGCCCAACUCCACCACCACCUCCUCCACCGGAUGACAUUCCCAUGUUUGAUGACUCUCCACCUCCACCACCACCUCCUCCGGUGGACUAUGAAGAUGAGGAAGCUGCAGUAGUUCAGUAUAGUGACCCGUAUGCAGAUGGCGAUCCUGCAUGGGCUCCCAAAAACUAUAUUGAAAAAGUUGUUGCAAUAUAUGAUUAUACAAAAGACAAGGAUGAUGAGCUGUCCUUUAAAGAGGGUGCAAUCAUCUAUGUCAUAAAGAAGAAUGAUGAUGGCUGGUUUGAAGGAGUUUGCAAUCGAGUGACUGGACUUUUCCCUGGGAACUAUGUGGAAUCAAUCAUGCACUAUACUGAUUAGGUUUUUAUUUUUUUCCUUUUUUCUUUGGUUUUCUUUUCAUGUAGGUUAUUACUCCGUCAUACUGUGGGACUAUAUGGUUAACAGAAUUGUCUUAAUGUUUAAAAUGUGCCCAUAUUUUCAGGACAUGUUUUAUUGGUAUAUUUGGAUGUCUACCUGUAAGCAUACAUUUUGGAGGCAGUUCACAUAUUGCUGAACAGCAGUUUAUACCAGAGACUGCCUGUAAUUGAUUAUGCAUAUGUACUCACACCUUGAUAACUUUAUGACCAGCCUAAAUAUUCUGGGGAUGUGGUUUAUUACGUUUAACAAAUCAUGGUUCAGAAUGCACCAUUACAUGUUUCAGUGCAGCAUGGUCACUAACAUUAUGUCAGACUAAUAGGAAAAACAGAAAACUUAAUGCUGGUGCUGGUCAUACUUUUGGUUUAAAUUCUCAUUUUUUAAGAAUACUGUGUUUAAAGCAUGCAUAAAAUUUUAUGUAUUGAAAGAUACUUAACAAUUCAAGAUGCUUCCAAUUUGUGUAACAUCUGGAGUACUUAUACUUGAGUCUCUAGGUUCUUCAUGUGAAACGAAAGAUUAUCUGUAAUGUUGUAAUUUGUACCUAAGUUUUUUAAUGAGUGAAAUUUACAUUAUAAAUUUUCCAUUCAUAAAUACAUAAGUGAACCAAGGGAAUUUGUCCACUCCUUUACUGGUUUGCUUUAAAUGUGUGUGCUCAUGCAUAUGCAUGGACACAAUCCCAACACAAAAGAUUUAUUGCAGAAUUAUGGUUCUAUUUUCUCACUGUAUUUGCUGGGAAAUAUUUUUAGCUUUAUCUUAAUGUGUCCGAAUAGCAAAGUCACAGAAUUUUGCAGAUUUCGGAGCUAAGACAUUGUGUCAAAGUAAGCACAUCAUCCUGUAGGUAAAAAUCCAAAGGGGUGCCACGCUAGUCUUCGGUUUUAAUGAAAAUGAAUUUACACUGGUUCAAUGGAAGGAAAACGUUUUACAUAUUGUAAAGUGAUUGCAAUUAAUUUGCAGAUAGCAUAUUUAAUCCAUUACCUGGCACUAGCAACAUAAGAUUUUACAAUUGGGAAAGAAAGUGGGUCAUGUAUUUCUUUGUAAACAGGUAAUAAGCAGGUUUGUAUUGUGGCUGAAAUGCAACACAUGCACUUUGUGUGUCUCCUUGAUUUAAGGGAGGGUUAGAGGGAUAUUUCUCUUGUAUAUAAUUCUGUUCUGCUUAGGAUAUUACAGUAGAUCACACAAGUGUGGGUUUCUGUGUAUUGAGGAUUACAGAUGUAUGACAGCAUAGUAAAUGCGAGAGCAGUGCAAAAUAUUUCUGAAAAUUAAAGACCAUUGUUCCUACCAAAUCAACAACUAUUUCAUUUAUAUUUUACCUUUGUUAUUUUUGAAGUAUUAUGUCAUUAGUGAUCAGAUAGCUAUAUUAUGCCUUUUCUUUUUGAAGCAGAAUGUCUUAAUUUGUAAAUAAUCUGUUGUCUAAAUUUUAUCUACAGUCUUUUAUAAUAAACUAUGCUCCUAAAUGAAAAAA